AACGACAGGGGCGUCACUCCUCUCCUACAACCCGAGUGCCAAGUUGGGUGUCUUAGACGUAUCUGGGAAGCAUCAAGACUGCCUCACCAUAGCUAAGAUUUACAUGGUAACUAUGUAUUCAUUACUUCUCCUGGUGGUGGUGGUGGUGGCUAACGAGCCCGUGUAUGAGGACUAUUACUGGGAGGAGCUUAGCUCUGCCGAGAUCGACUCGCAGAUAACGUUACCCCACCAAAUUGCCACUCGACGUCAACUGCCCUCAAUUACCACACGACGACACGAUCAAUUCCCUCAAGAUCCGACCUGCCCUUACCCAUACACUUUGGUUCUGGACGAAUGCAUCUAUUUGAGUACACACACGGUCACGUGGGAGGCGGGUCGUAGGCACUGCAAAGGAAUGAUGGGCGACUUGGCCACACCCAAAUACCUCUACGCCAUCAGGUCAUUCCUACUGGAUGUGGCAAAAGUUGAAGGAGGUAAUAAUAUUGCAGCGAAUGUGGGCUUCCGGAAAGAAAGCAAUAGCACGUUUCAGUGGUUGGAUGGACGCCUAGUCAACGCCGCAGACUUUGGCGCUGGUGAACCCAACAACAUUGGAGGAAAUGAAUUCUGCGGAGAAUUUCGACUGGAUGUGGACCCGAUGCUCAAUGAUAUCUCCUGCUCGUUUUUAAACCGAUUUCUUUGUCAAUAUCACCCUCCCAAUUGAGGAUGUUGAAGCGUCUCUCAAUGAAAGGAAUAAUUGGUUUGUUUAAUCUUGUUUUAUUUUAAUGUUUUCCACGUAGUAUAAAUAACAGGCAUUUGCAAAAUCCUCUUAGUUAAUUAAUCUGAGAAGAACAUUUUAAUCCAUCACAAAUUAUGAGGAAGUUAGAGAGUAAAGAGCUUAUUAUAACACGAAUUAGGGGGUGAGAGUCUUGUAAUAGUUAAGAGUCUUGAAAUAGCUGUGAAUCUAACAACAGCUGUGAGCUUUGCACUACCUGAAAGUCUUACACUGACUCUGAGUCUUACAUUAUCUCUUAGUCUAACACUAUCGCUGAAUCUUUCACUAUUGUUGCGUCUUACACAUUCUCCGAGUCUUACACUACGAGUCUUAUUCUGGCUGUGAGUGUCGCACUGGCUGUGAGUGUUUCACUGGCUGCGAGUGUUUCACUGGCUGUGAGUGUUUCACUGGCUGUGACUGUUGCACUGACUGUGAAUGUUGCACUGGCUGUGAGUGUUGCACUGACUGUGAGUGUUGCACUGGCUGCGAGUGUUGCACUGGCUGCGAGUGUUGCACUGGCUGUGAGUGUUAAACUGGCUGUGAGUUUUACACUGGCUGUGAGUGUUACACUUGUCGUGAGUGUUGCACUGGCUGCGAGUGUUGCACUGACUGUGAGUGUUGCACUGGCUGUGAAUGUUGCACUGGCUGUGAAUGUUCCGCUGGCUGUGAGUGUUACACUGCCUGUGAGGGUUACACUGGCUGUGAAUGUUCCGCUGGCUGUGAGUGUUACACUGCCUGUGAGGGUUACACUUGUUGUGAGUGUUACACUGGCUGUGAGUGUUGCACUGGCUGUGAGUGUUGCACUGGCUGUGAAGUGGUGGAAGUGCCCCAGAGGACAUCAGGCCUCUCUUCUAUGGAGCAGCACUCUGUGCUCUUAAAAUGAAGGAUGGGGAAAUCAGGCCCUAUGUCGUUGGCAACACCUUCCGACACCUCAUGGCUAAGGCAGCAGUGAGGUCAAUCAAUCAGGAAGCAGCCACCUUACUGAAACAUAAUCAGCUCGGGUUUUUGGAUCCCUCCUCGGCUGUGAAGCUGCAGCACAUGCAGCUCUGCCAAUAUCUUCAUUGCCAAUUUCUCAGACCAGAAGGUACUAGUCAAGCUUGACUUUAAAAUUGCCUUCAAUCAAGUCAGAAGAGACGCAUUUCUCUCUAUUUUGCUUAUGACCUUUUGUCUCGCCUAGAUUUAAUGAUUCUUGCAAUCUUUGCUCAGUCGUUUCUAUUUCUAUACAUGGCCUUCAUUGUCGCUCUUGGAACAGAGCUGAGCGUUUAACUCUAUCCCAAGAUGAGUUGAACAUUGCUGCAGAUGUUCUGCCAUUUGUUUUCGUCGCCUGUAAAGGAAACGCCAUUCUCAUUCCAGUUUGCAUUUUUUAUCUCUCUCCUUAGUGGUAUGUGACUUGCACCUAUUUCUAGUGCUACUGUGCCUAUUUUCUCAUGUCAUUGGAUUAAGUUUGCAUUAUCUAGCUCUUGGAGUUGUACCUGUAUUAUCUAGCUAUGGAGUUGUGCCUGUAUUAUCUAGCUCAUGAAUUUGUACAUGUAUUAUAUAGCUAUCGGAGUUGUACCUGUAUUAUCUAGCUAUGGAGUUGUGCCUGUAUUAUCUAGCUCAUGAAUUUGUACAUGUAUUAUAUAGCUAUCGGAGUUGUACCUGUAUUAUCUGGCUCUUGGAGUUGUACCUGUGUUAUCAAGCUCUUGGAGUUGUGCCGCUGUAACCCGCAGCUAAACUACAACCAUGUCGACUCAGAGGUUGCUGGAGGUUAUAAACAACAACAGAGGAUAAACAAAAUAUUGAUUGUUUGAGAUGAUUUCGAACGGAUUUCUUGUUUGUCUGUUUAUAAAUAUUGCUUCUCUCUGAUUGUUUGCUAAUAAAAUGUAUAUAACCAU